UGCCUGCAGACGCUGCUGCAGCACCUGCGCUCGCACAGCCUCACCAUCGUCAGCAACGCCUGCGGCACCCUCUGGAACCUGUCCGCCCGCAGCCCCCGCGACCAGGAGCUGCUCUGGGACCUGGGGGCGGUCAGCAUGCUGCGCAACCUCAUCCACUCCAAGCACAAGAUGAUCGCCAUGGGCAGCGCGGCCGCGCUGCGCAACCUCCUUACCAACCGGCCCCCCAAGCACAAGGACGCUGCCGUCGUCUCGCCGGGCUCCUGCAUGCCCUCGCUCUACAUGCGCAAGCAGAAGGCACUGGAGGCCGAGCUGGACGCCAAGCACUUGGCUGAGACCUUCGACACCAUGGAGAAGCAGAGCCUGAAGAGCCAGAGCGCCAAGAAGCCAACACGGCACAUGGAGAGCCUGGUGAAGGAUUACGCCUCCGACUCCGGCUGCUUUGACGAUGACGAGGUGCCCAAUGUCUCCACCGGCGUGGAGACGCACGUCCCCCUGCUCGAGAGCCUGGCCAAGAGCGGCGCGGCCGCCGGUGCCAGCCACCACCCCUCCCUCCUGGGCAGAAAGCAAGCCUGGCUCCCCCCUGCGCUGCUGCAGACGGCCGAGACCUUGAGCAAGAUCCCGGAGAAGCUGCCUGCCCACCCGCCGGCCACGACGGAGCAGGAGUCGGUGCAGAAAUACUCGGUGGAGGACACCCCGAUCUGUUUCUCCCGGUGCAGCUCCCUCUCCUCCCUCUCCUCGGCUGACAAUGUGCUGGACGGGCAGAGCCACAGCGAGAACGACCUGGACAGCGACUCCUCCCUGGAGAUCCUGGAGAUGGAGGAAGGGGACGGGGAAGGUGAGGAUGGGGGGCAGGAGAAGGAGAAGGCAGCGGAUCUGGGUCCGGCCACGCCGGUUAGGAUUUCCCAGCCCAUCACCAUCCCCUUCCCGAAGCGCGACAAGAUCUUCCUGCGGGAGUCAUCACCGUCACGCCAGGAGGACCUCACGCCCUCGAGCUCCUCGGAGAACUACAUCCAGGAGACGCCGCUGGUGAUGAGCCGCUGCAGCUCCGUCAGCUCCCUGGGCAGCUUCGAGAGCCCCUCCAUUGCCAGCUCCAUCCAGAGCGACCCUUGCAGUGAGAUGAUCAGUGGCACCAUCAGUCCCAGCGAGCUGCCCGACAGCCCUGGGCAGACCAUGCCACCCAGCCGCAGCAAGACGCCCCUCUUCGAGCUGGGCUGCCAACCGGAGAAGGAGACCAGCCAGUUCAACAUCCAGUGGGAGAACAACGUCAAGAAGUUCAUGGAGAUCACCGACUUCAAGGAACGCUUCCAGCUGCCCCAGGACCUGGACUCCAUGGUCUACUUCACGGUGGAGAAACCCAACGAGAACUUCUCCUGCGCCUCCAGCCUGAGCGCCCUGCCCCUCCACGAGCACUACGUCCAGAAGGACGUGGAGCUCAAGCUGAUGCCCACAUUCCCAGAGAAGAACAGCCUGAAUUUU